CUAGCGGGGACUCGCUAUUAUCUUGAAAUCAACCAGCAAGCAUCGCUAGACUUCUGUUCACUCCAAAUCAGAAGGCAAUUGAAGGGCAUUUGAUCGCUACUCGACAAGGCCUCAAAAGCUAUCAGGCCGGAUUUACAGAUAAGGGUUUCCCUACCAACACCCGAUUGACGCCCGCUAUAACCCGCAUCAUCUUCCCUGCAGCCUCAAUUACUUACUUCGGAUGCACUUGUAACGAAAAACCGUCCCUCCCACCCGCAUUCCCCUCCCCAGCACAAGCCCUUCGGGGCCACCACACCCGCCCGACAUGUCCCUCGUCAACCUCGCGCACGUUUGUUCGCAUCUUCAAAACGCCUCCAAAGCGCGGCUCGGCUUAACCUCCAUCCCUGUAUCUAAGCUGCACGUAAACCUCAUGCUCGGUCUCCAAAAAGAAGGCUUCCUCUCCUCCGUCACUCUUGGCGGUACCGCGCCCCCAAAACCGUUCCUCCUGCAAUCGCAGUCCGCGCCCGAGGAGCUGGAAAAAAUGGCCAACACGCUCGCUGAGGAGCCCUGGAACGCGUAUCCGCCACCGGAAGCAGAAAAAUCCUCACCUCACCCCUCACCCCUCGGCAAAGAACAAGUCUACGAAGUCCACGUCCCGCAGAAUCCAGCGCGGCGGAGAUUGUGGCUGGGGUUGAAGUACUGGAAUAACGAGCCGGUGUUGAAGCACAUGCGGCUGAUUAGCAAACCGACGAGGAGGAUAUGGUUAAACAGCGAGGAUUUGGGCAAGAUCACUAGGACGCGGCAGGCCGGGUUUGUAAAGGGCUUGACAAGUCCCGGGGAAUGUAUGUUUGUGACGACGGAUAGGGGGAUUUUGGAAGCGAGGGAGUGCGUAGAGAGGAGGGUUGGUGGGAUGGUGCUGUGUAGGGUUUCGUAGGGGCAGUGAGUAGUUGGUUUUGGAUGGACUGUCAAAGUUCAUUGUACAAAAUGGGUUUGCGUAUGCAUCGCCCGGUGCAUGAUUACGGCGUUGGACGGAGACAUGUAACAACACGAGGAGGAUGGCGCCUACAGAUGCGACCAUGGAGAGGGUCUGUUGGGAUAUUCAUGUAUGUUUAGGUGCUAGCCAUUCACCUCCCUAACCAGCUUCCAGAUAC